AUGGGGCGUCGUCGACGGUGCGUGCUUGUGUUGCUCUUGGCCCGGGCCGCUCAAGAAGUGGCUGCUGUGGCUCGAGCUGGUGUCCUGGUUUGGGUGCAGCAUGCCUCCUUUCCAUGGUGGCCCGGGAUGCUGACUUAUGACCCGCAUUCGGGAGAAUUUACCAGGGAAAGUGCUAAUCAUCGAGCUUACCACAUCCAGGAUGGCGGCCUGGACCCAACGCUCCUCAAAGUCGGUCGGCUAUCCCCCAAGCUGGCCAACGAGCGAGCAGCGGCUCUACAGCAAGCACAUGCAGUUGCCGAGCUAUCCCUGCGCGAACGCAUUUUGCGCUGGGCCUGCGACUUCAAGACGGAGCGUGGAGACAAGGCCAAACCCAAGCUGGAAGAAUCAGACAAGGACCAAGCUACUGCCCCUGGAACCGUCUCGGCACCCCCUCGCAAAAUCGGCGUCCCGCGCAGCAAGACUGCAUAUCAGUUUUACCUAGACCAUCGGCGUGCCGACGUCAUGCACAACUUGGAUGAUGACGGCACGAGCAAAUUUGCGCGCAAUGGCAAGGUCACCAAGCUCAUUGCUGCCGAGUGGCAAACUCUCACGGCUGACGAGCGCCUGCCUUUUGACAAGCAAGCUGAAAAGGCCAAGAAACAAGCCAUCUCCAAAGCACAGGAGAUGCGAGCCGAGCUCGAAAAGAGCGAACCUGUUACCCCUGAACGCACAGCUUCUCUCAAACCCGCCGUUCCUCGCACCAAAACCGCCUACAUGUUUUACUUGGAUCAUCGGCGUGCCGACGUGAUGAAGGGAAUGGACGAUGACGGCACCAGCAAAUUCGCGCGUAACGGUCGGGUGACCAAGCUGAUUGCAGCCGAGUGGAAAGCUCUGUCCGAGGAAGCACGGGCACCCUUUGUCGAGGCUGCUGAGAUUGCAAAGAAAACCGCAAUCGCGCGCACUCUCGAGCUCGCACAGGCAGAUGCCAGUUGCCCUGACUCUCCUGGUGAUCGUCCCCCGCCCAUGGUGGCAGCGUUUCGCCUCUUUGCCCAAGAUUUCCUCGCCAAAGCGCAGGACUCGGGCGAUGAACUGGUGCACUUGGACUCGGCUGAUCAAGGCCUGCGCGUCCACGAAAAGUGGAUGGCACUUACCCGAACUCAACAACGAGCCUUUGUACGCCGUGUUCAACCAGAUGCUUUGCCCAACAAAUCGGGUGCUUCAACGGCUGCUGCCUCGCCUUCUGCCAGUGUGUCACCAGACGAGGACCAAGCCAGCAACGAAGGCCAACCAGCUGCCAAGCGCAGUCGCAGCUCACGCACAACCAUGACUGCCAACGAUGACACGUGCCGUAUCUGCGGAGAGCUGGGUCAACUCAUUUGCUGUGAUGGUGGCUGUCGUGGUGCCUUUCACCUUGAAUGUCUCAGCAUCUUGCAACCCCCCACCGGCGAAUUUCGAUGUGAUGAGUGCUCUACGGGCAAUCACACGUGCUAUACGUGUGACAAAGUGGGCGCCGACCUUAUCAAGUGCCAAUUUCCACACUGCAACAAGCUUUAUCACCGUGGAUGUGCUGAAAAGCAAUUCAAGGCCGACAACUUUUGCCUGGUUUGCGGCACUGGGGGCGACCUUGUUGUCUGCGAUGGUUGCCCUGGCGCUUAUCAUGCCGCUUGCAUUAAAUCAACCUUUGCGUUUACCGGCAAGCCUGAUGAACAAGGGCAGUGGUUCUGUCACGACUGCCUCACUGGAACGAAAUCCAUGAUCCACGAUGUUGUUUGGGCCAAGUAUGGCUCGUACCGAUGGUGGCCGGCCGUCAUUUUGAGCGCGACCGAGUACCCGGAGCGCUGCGGCCAGAGCCCAGCCGAGGGCAAUUUCUUGGUCAAGUUUCUCGGCUCAAAUGACGUUGCCUGGGUGGGCCACGAGUCCAUCAUUCCAUUUUCCAACGGCGAUCAGAAAAACUCUUAUUUUACUCGCAACCUCAAGGCUGCGAAAAAGUCUUUUCAAGAAGCCGUGACCCUGGCCCUCGACCUGUUCACUGAACGAAAGCAGGAGCGGGAGGAUCAACUGGCUGCUAUUCGGGGCAAAAUUAUUGAGCGGCCACCCCGCUUCAAGCUUAUCAAGCGAAAUGUCUACCUGCCUCCGGCCGCCAAGCCGCCACACCGUAAAGAGGAACAGGAGAUUUGCAGAUGCGACGCGGCACUCAACUGUGCCGACAUGCACUCGUGCUUGAACCGCAUGAUGUACAUUGAGUGCGACGCCAAAUGCUGCAACAAUGGUAAAAACUGCCGCAAUCAGCGCUUUCAGCGCCGCGAGUACCCAAAGCUAAUCCCGUUCAAGACGGAGCACCGUGGCUGGGGGCUACGCUUGGGACAGGACGUUGAAGAGGGGGAUCUGGUCAUCGAGUACGUGGGCGAAGUCAUUGAUGGUGCUGAAUGUCGUCGGCGCAUCGACCAGUACGAAGAACGCAACACUAGUAGCUUUUAUAUUUUGAGCCUGGGCAGCGACACAUUUGUGGAUGCUCGGGAAAAGGCCAACAUGGCACGCUUUAUCAACCAUUCAUGUGAUCCCAACUGCGUAACACAGAAAUGGAACGUGCUUGGCGAAACGCGCGUUGGCAUUUUUGCAAAGCGCGCCUUGGCCAAGGGAACGGAGCUGACUUUUGACUACAUGCUGGACUGCCUCAACAGCGUGAAGAAAACACCGUGCCAUUGCGGCGCGCCCAAUUGCUCCGGCUUUAUCGGGGUCAAGCCGAACCGAAGUGGCACCACGUACGAAGACUUGGACCGCACUGACGACGAAUGUUUCAUAUGCAAGGAUGGCGGUGACCUCCUCAUGUGCGAUAAGAAGAACUGCGACAAAGUGUAUCAUCUGGCAUGCCUGGGCAUGAACAAGGUGCCUGCAGGGAAGUUCAUUUGCCCACACCACGCCUGCCUCAAGUGCGGUCGCAAAGCCACUAUUUUCUCCGAGACGGGACCAGAGGCGUACUGCUCCAUGAAGCAUAUUGCCACACCAGAAGUGCGAGCGCUGUGUGAAGGCAAGCGCCCACCUGUGACUUUUAAAAGUCCAGUGCCUGUCCUUCCCGCCGUCUUUGCAAAUGGUACCUGGGCCAAGCGCGCCAAGCGCGCCAAAGCUGACCCGACGUCCACAACACAGGCGCAAGCUGCUUCGGCAUGA